AUGCAUCUCAAUCAUUCUCUGAAAAGGCCAAGGAACCAUUUCUUCACAUUGGUGUUGUUUCUCCUCCUCUUGGCCUCAUAUCUUAGAAGAGGGCUGUUGGAUUGGGCCUCUGUAGCUUUCUCCAUGGGAACCAAAAUGAAAGGCAUCUAUAAAGGAUUCAAAUACAUUUCCCAAAUCUUUGUUGUGAAGGAGCGUGAGAUGGAUAUUGGGUACCCAACAGAUGUUAAGCAUGUGGCUCACAUUGGGUGGGAUGGUGGAAAUUUUGCAGUUGUGAAGGAGCGUGAGAUGGAUAUUGGGUACCCAACAGAUGUUAAGCAUGUGGCUCACAUUGGGUGGGAUGGUACCUCUGGUAGUGCCCCUAGUUGGAUGAAUGAAUUCAAGACGGGCCCAGAUUUUGCAGAAACAUCCAUUGGUAAUUCUGGUUCUGCUCUCUCUCCAUGGUCCUCUCAAGAUUUUGGAGAAUCUAUGCAACAACAACCUGCAUCUGAGAUGUUCAGAGACAUACCACCCACCGACCUUCCCAAUAUCCCAAAGAAACCAAAGCGGAAGAAGAACAGAUCGACUUCCUCACCUAAGUCUUCCUCGUCGUCAAGGGGUUCACGGGCAGCAAAGUCAAAGGCUAAAUUCGUUGAAGGCAAUGCCCAAUCUACGAACAUAGAAGUGGCAUAA